AUGGUCCGCAUGCAUGUGGAUCCUGCAAUUGAGAUGGAUUCCCUGCAAAGCUUGCGCUCUUCAGCUACCAACUACUCUGGCAAGGCCCCACAUUCGGGGCCUGGCCGGUGGCAACCGAUCUUAGCCCCAGAUCUGAUCCCGUUGGAUCCGCAAAAGGUACUACCAAAGUUGGUAGUUGAGCUUUAA